AUGUCAGCAGCCGCCUCCGGUUCUCUAUUCGACAGUAGUGCCCAAUGGAUCCCUUCUUGUCUAAGUGACCAACGUGUUUUGCUUAAUGACAAAAUUUGCAUAAACAAAUGUGUCAAAAUUUCUUAUAACAGCAAAACGUUAACCGUUCCAAUAACUAAUAAAUGCCCAGAAUGCCCAAAAAACCAUGUGGAUUUAUCUCAAGAAGCUUUUCUUUGGUUAGAGCCUAAAGGCGGAGUUGUUGGGAUUGCUAGAAAUGCCGUUAUAACGUAUAUGACGUGUCCAGGCCAGGAGCGAGAAUAA